CUGGCGGCGCGGGGCCGUGGGGCCGGCACGCUCUUCUCGGCCGCGUCCUGGCCGGGUCGCGGGGAUCGGGCGGGCCGCGCCGGCUCCUAUUUUUAGUCGGCGGUCCCUGCGGGCUGCUGACUUCGGCUCGUUCCGCGCUAGGAUGCAGAGGCGCGACGGGCCGAUGCGGCAGCUGGCGCGGUCUGAGGCUGCCCGUGGCGGGGGGGGGGAGUGUCUCGUGAGCGCCCCGUAGGGCGCCUCGGCGCGGAGCGCUGGGAGGACGCUCCCGCUGCGGCCCCGCUCCGUGCCCCCCUCGACGACGCGGCCUCGCUGCCGGCGGGAGGGAUGCGGUCUGAGAAGCGGCGGGGAAGGAGCUCCCAGCCGGGCUGCAGCAGCUCGCGGAGAACGCGCGGCUCCUUCCUGAAGCGCUGUGCAGAGCGCGUAACUCUCGAGCGUCCGGACGCCGCGCUUAGCUCAUCGCCGCCGCUUCGAGCGUGCUGCCCUUCCUUGCUUUCGGUUUUCUCUCCGAUUUUUCUGGUGAAGCUGUCAGCAAUGUCGCUUUCCCUCUCGCAUCUGGAAGGCUGCAGGAGAUUGUCUGUUCCUCGUCUCCCCGUGCACAUCUCGUUCAGAUGCUCUCGCCUCUGAGAAUCCUGUACUCGGGACUGAGAGGUGACUAACUCAGAGCGGAGCAGACGCACAGCUGGGAGAACGCUGGCUGUCCCAGAGCGCGCGUUCAAAGCAAGCUAAGAGCGCUCAGACCAGUCUUUUGUGACUCUAGCCACAAACGAUUCCUAUGUGAAAGGAGCGCUUGUACUUGGUUCAUCCUUGCAACAGUCUGGAACAACAAGGAAGCUGACUGCACUCAUAACUCCUCAGGUUUCAGAUCUAAUGAGGAACGCAAUAGAAAAAGUAUUUGAUGAAGUCAUUUUGGUAAACAUCCUGGAUAGUGGGGAUUCAGCACAUCUAGCAUUACUGAAAAGACCGGAGCUGGGUGUCACAUUAACAAAGCUUCAUUGCUGGGAACUGACACAGUUUUCAAAAUGUGUUUUCAUGGAUGCAGACACAAUGGUUUUGUCAAAUAUCGAUGAGCUUUUUGAGAGAGAAGAGCUGUCUGCAGCACCAGAUCCAGGCUGGCCUGAUUGUUUUAAUUCUGGAGUUUUUGUUUACCGACCUUCCAUUGAAACAUACAAUCAGCUGUUACAGUUUGCCACAGAGAAAGGCAGCUUUGAUGGUGCAGACCAGGGGUUAUUAAACACCUUCUUCAGCAGCUGGGCAACAACAGACAUGAACAAACAUCUACCAUUUAUUUAUAAUUUGAGCAGCACUUCUGUAUACUCUUACCUUCCAGCAUUUAAAGCGUUUGGUUCAAAUACUAAAGUGGUGCAUUUCCUGGGAAGCACAAAGCCAUGGAACUAUACGUAUGACUCCAGAACAAAAAGCGUACAAGGCAAUGUCAACGACCCUAAAAUAGUUCACCCAGAAUUCCUCACCAUGUGGUGGGAUAUUUAUAUGGCUAAUAUUUUACCCUUACUAGAACCGCAAGAAGUUCCUGAAGAAAAUACCACAGGUGUAAACAUGGCAGAGGUUACAGAGGCAGUGUCCCAUAUGUCAGUAUCAGCACCAUCACCAGAAUUACCAACCAUAUCUUCAGAAGAACGCAAGGCUCGGUGGGAACAAGGCCAAGCUGACUAUAUGGGAGUGGAUUCUUUCGAUAACAUCAAGAAGAAGCUGGACUCCUACCUUCAAUAGAAGUGCCAUUUUCAAACACUGGCAAUACAAGGACUUGUUCCAGAACUAACAGCUAGAAAGGUUGUAGAUGAUGGACAGUUAUGCUUGCUAAUAGCUUGAUGGAAAAAAUUCUUGGCUGAAGGCCACUGCAGUGCUACAGAUAAAGACUGAGCAGGAGCCAGGAAGCAGAAUGCCCUGGGCCAAUUGUAACUGCCCAGUAGCUAGCUUUCCCUAGUGGAUCUAAAAAAAAAAAAAAAAAAAAAGGGCAUUUUCAACUACGUUUUCCUUCUGUUGUGAUCAACUGGCUCAAUGUAUUAAUUGAAACUGGGCUUGCACCUUAACUCAUUAAAGGUGAUUAGCAUUGAUUCCUCUGCUUGCUAUUUUAGAUAUAAAAUCUGAUUUAUGGGAUUGCUCAUAGACUAGAAUGAUGGCCAUUCUGCUUUACCAUUAGUGUAUUAAUGAUGCUAGGAUAUAUAGGGAGAGAUAACAGUAAUAGCACUGCUUUGAUCUUCUAGUCACAACUGCACUGAAGUUUUGACCAGGUUUUUACACACAGUGCCUACAGCAUGGCAGAAUGCAUUUAUUCAGUUCUAUAUACUUCAGGCUUAGUAAACUGAGUUUUUCUGUUACUUGAAAUCUUGCACUUCACGCAAAAAUAAAAACUUGUCGUGCUUUUCUGGCUUUUGUAAA